GCGCCGUCACUCACAAGCUUAAAGUUUAGUCCCCAAUCUUAAACACGCAAUGACUAUGCAAUGGAGAGCCAACGAAAUCCAUAAAGGAGGCCAGGCCUGGAACCUGCCAGCCGUCGUGAAAGCCCUCGCAUCCAGCACCGUUAGGUUUGAUGCUAUCAGAGCCUUCAGUGACUAUCAGCAUGCGUGCACGGCAACUCUUCGUUCUAUUCAACCUCGUUCUCGUGGGCAAUGUAGCCCUCGCAGACCUAGACCGCAGUGAUGUCCCCGAGCUAUGCAAUUGGGUUUGCCAGUCCGUUGUAAGCGCCUCCGAGCGUUGUGACAACCAAACAAGCGACGAUAGUGCCGAAAUGCAAUGCAUGUGCGACAUGGACCAGGCAAGCACACGAAUCCCUCUGUGUGAGGCAUGUAUUGCGCAGUACAGGGCAGAUAACCCCAGUGGCGACGAUGGUGAUGAUGAUCCUCACGACAAUGACGCAUACGAUAUGGUUACUUCCUGCAGCUUUGAAACUACAUCCUACACUCCUUCUUCUUCCAGUGCCUUUGUUUUCCGCCGUUGUGGUCGUAACUGUUCCAACGGGAAGCCCGGAUACUACAACACCCAGGGCCCAUAUUACUAUCCGCCGUAUUAUCCUCCCUAUCCUCCUUACUACCCUCCUUAUUAUCCUAAUCCAACUUUGUCGACGGCCGUCUCUGUGUCAGUUUCAGUUUCAGUAUCUGCCUCAUCUAGCUGCAACUCUUCCCCUGCUGCUGGCGGCGGCGGCGAGGGCGGCGAGGGCGGCGAAGGUGGCGUUGCCCCCGGUGUUGCUCCAGCUCCAUCCCCGUCGGUGUCAGUUUCUUUGUCUCCAUCUCUAUCCCCAUCGCUGUCCCCCUCUCCGUCUCUACCUGUAUCGCCAUCUGCUUCUGCUUCUCCGUCUCUGUCUCUAUCCCCAUCUGUGUCUCCAUCUCUGUUCCCAUCGCUGUCUCCCUCUCCUUCGCUCUCUGUAUCUCCUUCACUAUCUCCCUCUGUUUCUCCAUCUCCAUCUAUAUCCCCAUCUGCAUCAGUCUCAGUGUCUCCGUCGCCAUCUGUUUCUGUUUCUGUUUCUGUGUCUGUGUCUGUGUCUGUCUCUCCGUCGGUAUCCCUGUCCGCAUCUCCGUCAGAAUCUGUCUCAGUCUCAGCCUCACCAGCCUCCGAGCCCUCCCCCCCACCACCAGGUGUUGGUGGUGAGCAAUCUCCGUCUAGCGAGUCUCCGCCAGCUAGCGAGCCGUCUCCUACCAGUGAGCCAUCCCCUACCAGUGAGCCAUCUCCUCCAAGUGAGCCAUCUCCGUCCGAGACCGUGACUGUUUCAGUGACGGCGAGUCCUUCGCCUGUUGCUUGAUUCGCAAUCGCUUCGGCUUUAUCGUCCCGUCUAUCCCUUACAUAUGCAGUGUCUUGACCGUGGAGCAGUAUCCUGUCUAAGGAUGAACUGGAUACACCGGAGAUGGUCUCAACAUUCAAUCUGCAAUAACAACAGCAACAACGAAACAAAAGCGGGUGUAGCAACUUUCUCGUUUACUCGUCGGUCAAUCAUAAUCACAUACUGUAAAACAAAAAAAACUAUGCCGUUUCUUAUUAUAAGUCUGUACUUAACGCCAGUUUCUGUUACUUAGUAUUUUGUUUUGCGCAGGCUUGAGUAUGGAAAACCGAAC